AUGAAUAAUUCGGAUCAAGAAUUGUUUCAUUCGUCUUCCUCUGUAAAACAAGCAGUAAUGGAUAACGUGAAUGGUUAUACAUUAAAGGAGAGAAUUCUUGCUAGUUUAUUGUUGGCAGCUGCUGGUGAUGCUAUUGGUUUUAGAAAUGGAAGUUGGGAAUUUACUAAGAAUUCACAUUCCAUUCAUAAUGAAUUGAAACAUUAUUAUGGAAAUUUGAAUGGAAUUGAUACUAAAAAUUGGAGAGUUUCUGAUGAUACUGUCAUGCAUUUGGCAACAAUGAGAGCAAUGAUUAAUCCAUUGAUGAAAGAAAUGGCAAAGGAAUAUUUGAUUUGUUGGAAUGAUAUGUAUGGAAGGGCACCAGGACCUACAUGUGCAAGAGGUGUCGAUUUUAUUCGAGAGAAUGGAUUUGACUAUUGGUUUGCUUAUCCAUAUGAUAAAAGAGGAGGAGGAAAUGGUGGUAGUAUGAGAGCUAUGGGAAUUGGUAUAAUGACAGGAAAGGAAAGAAGAGACAUGCUGAUUGCUACUAGUAUUGAAUCUGCAAGAUUGACUCAUAAUCACCCAACUGGUUUUUUGGGAUCUUUGGUUUCUGCUCUUUUCACAUCCUAUGCUUUGGAAGGAAAGAUUCCUCCAGCUCAAUGGGGUGUGCACUUUCUCUAUAACGACAUGCCAAGAGCUAGAGUUUAUUUGCAGACAGUUGCUCAAAGAGAUUGGAAGGAAAUGAAAGAUUCAGUUACACAUUUCGAAAAUGUUUUCAAAACCUAUUUGAAAGAUAGAAGCUUAUUCUUGGAAGAAGGGGAUUUCAAGAAUGAGGAACUUGUAAAUAAUUUGAAACCUUCCUUCCCAUCUCGUUAUGGCAUUGAUGAAAGGGAUGUAUAUUAUAAGAAAUUUGCAUAUGAUGGAUGGUAUGGAGCUAGUGGAGAUGAUUCAGUAAUUAUUGCCUAUGAUUCAGUUCUCUAUUCUGGUGCCAAUAAUUAUGAGAAUCUCAUUUUACAAGCAUGUUUGAAUGCAGGUGAUUCUGAUUCUAUUGGCUCAAUUGCUGCUGCAUGGUAUGGAGGAAGAUAUGGAUUUAAUAAUGUCAUUGAGAGCCACAUUAAGAAUAUUGAGAAGAAAGGAGAAAUUGAGCAGAUAGCUCAAAAGUUACAUCAUCUCUAUCAAGAAUAA